AUGGUGAUGAUGCAGUACAGCGUCAUGGCCAACAACUACUGGCUGCUGGUGGAGGGUCUGUAUCUGCACAGCCUGCUGGUCAUCACCGUCUUCUCCGAGAGGAACUACUUCUACAUUUACCUCUGCAUCGGCUGGGGCGCUGCUGUUUCUCUCUCAUCGCAUCUGUAUUUUCUCGCUCUUCUUUCCUCUCUAAGAUGCUGGGAAAGGAAUAUCAACAUGGGCUACUGGUGGAUCAUCCGUUCUCCCAUUCUGUUUGCGUAUCUGAUUAAUUUCAUCAUAUUCAUUCGUAUAAUAAAGAUUCUGAUGUCCAAGCUGAAGGCGCAUCAGAUGAGAUACACAGACUACAAGUUCAGGCUGGCCAAGUCCACGCUCACGCUGAUUCCUCUGCUGGGGAUUCACGCCAUCCUCUUCACCUUCGUCAUCGAUGAGUCCGUGCCGAAGGAGUCUCUUCUCAGGCUGAUCCGCCUCUUCUACGACCUCCUGUUCAGCUCCUUCCAGGGUCUGCUCGUGGCCAUCCUGUACUGCUUCGUCAACAAAGAGGUCCAGAGCGAGAUACUGAAGAAGUGGAAGAGGUGGAAACUAGGCAAGGACAUUGAGGAAGAGUACCGUCACACCCACAGCCAGACGCCCCACGCCAAAAGCGGCAGCAUGGCCCCAGCAAUGACCCACGAAUGCCCCGAAUCCCCAGAACUGGCGGCCUCAGCGUCCCAGCGUCUAGUGACGGGCCUUCAGAAUGGAGUGAGCCAGAACCGGAGCCGAGUGAGGCUGCAGUUGACCUCCGAGCCACAGGAGGGCGCCAGUAACUGCAGCUCUCUGACGGAAGACAUUUGUCUGGAAGAGCGUCCCCUCAACAGUGAGUGCUCAGCGGUGGUGACAGAAACCAACCUUUAACACUAAUGGAUCAAUGGAGAUGAUGUUUCAUUCCAGAUAUGGUCUUCAUGUUAGCAAACAGGCUUCU